ACAAAACACAAUAUUAUGACGUCGAACUAACGACAAUCGCAAGAAAAGUGCCGUCCAGAAACAAAUAAUCCACGCACUUGUGAAAAUCGAUGGAUUGCUAUUUGGCCGACUGACAACACUAUAAGCUAUAGAAGGUAAAUCAAGCAGAGUAAUCUAAGAUUCAUAAUGUCAAAAGACAUUUUAGGCACUUGUUCUCAAGUUCUCAAAAUUCUUUCAGAACAUGUUUCAUCUGAUAAUGAAAUCAGCAAAACUUUAUCGCCGGAAAAUGAAAACGGACUUGGCACAAAUCAAACAAAUUCGGCUAAUUUAACACAGAAGGUUGGAAGGGGUAUUGCAACAGUUCAAACAGUUGUAUGUCAUUCACCCGAACCUGUAGACAAAAUGCCGAUACUUGCAAAUGCGCUGAAUAUUGCGACACCAUUUCAAGCCAUAAAUCCUCAGGAAUGUCAGAAAACAGAGAUUUUCUUUAUGUCGGCAGAUGGAUCUAUAAAAAGAAGAUUUUUACCAGAAGAUCUACCAGCAAAGAGAAGGCAUCCUGCACCAACUCUCAUGCCAGGUACUGGGAUACCGUAUAGAACACCUGGUCAAAGUUCACGGAAUAAGAAUGGUAAGAUUAAACGUCCAAUGAAUGCCUUCAUGAUAUGGGCAAGAACAGCAAGAGGAAAGCUGGCUGAAGAAACCCCAAACGCAUCAAAUGCUGAAAUAAGUGUCAAAUUGGGAGAGUUGUGGAGUCAUUUGGCAAAGGAAGAGAAGCAGAAAUACUACAUGGAAGCAGAAAGGGUAAAAGCAAGACAUAGACAAGACUUCCCAGAUUGGAUUUAUCAACCAGAGCCAUCAACAAAGAAAGGCGUUGAGGAAUGUGGUACCACUCUCAAUCACAGACAGCUAUGGAGUAAAUAUAACGAAAGUCGACCAAAAAUGGCUCCAAGUCAGAUUGCACCGACACCUCAAGGACCUUUCAUUAACUUUAUUGGACAACAAAACAGACCAAUAUUACCCCGCAAUGUAAUGCCUAUUCAACCUGUAACAAUGCUACCUCAAGGUAACCAGUUUGUCUGUCCGCCAGGACUACGAAUCGUUCAACCAAUGCAAUAUCCCAUGUAUGGACAGCAAUUCCAGCCGAGGAAUUUCUUGAAUGGAAAUCAGAUUCCUUAUCAAGACGUCCCAAGAUUACAAACAGCAGGAAUACCCGACUACAAUGCCGUACAAAAUGUCACAAUAAUACACCCCAAGCCAUUUCCAGUUCAAAUACCAGCUCCAAGAGGAAGGCCGCCUGUUGUCACUGAAAGACUUAAAGCUGUCCCAGCAAACUUACAGGCAAAGAUUCAAGCUGAAGCAGCAGGGAAAACAGAUCAUCAUCCUAUCGUAUUGGAAAGCAAAGACUGUAAUGCAACGGAAAAGAAUGAAAAGACAAAUAAAGAAUGCAAGAAAGAUACACCAGAAACAUCUGAUAAUGGAAACAAUGACAAGCCAGUAGAGGAUAAGGAGCAAAAGACAAAGAAAGCACAAAGGACACGAAAAAAAGACAAUGAUAAUAAAAAAUCAUCUUCAAAGAAAUCAAAGAAAGCAGACCAAAGUAACACCUUAGACACAGACAAGACUACCGAUGAUGAUUCAGAACUUGCCUCUACCACUCUUCCCGGAAGUACGACACAGCUGAGAGAGGAACAUCCAGAAGACUUUUGGCCAUUCCCAUUCCCACCAGCAGAGCAGGAAUCUCACGUGGACGAUAUGUUUGAGGGUCCAAUCGAUGAUACCAUAGUAGAAAGAGAUCCAUAUAAUACCUACUUCUGUAGAGAGAAGGAAAAGGGAGAAGACGAUAAACUAAAUGUAGAUGUCUCUAGCUGGCAACAAUACUUAAGACAUGACCAGCAACAAAAACCUUCGGAACAAUCAGAGAAGCUUGACACGUUUUUUGUUGAAGAGAAAGCUGAGAUUGUUAACUGUCCUAGUGACUUUGAUAUUUGUCCGAUACCUGUGGCUUUGACUCUCACAAGGCAGGAAGACGACAACAGACAAAAUGAUAAAAUGGAUACCAGUUUUGGUAACAGUAUAACAAAUGCCAUCAACGUUCUUGGAGGACACGAAAACGAGGAACGUUAUGAAAGCAAUUCUGCCAUUGAAAUAGAUUCCGAAAAUAGCAGCUCCGACUCAGACAUCAGUUCAAAAAAUAUGGUGAUAGAUUGUAAUGAUCAUUCUGAUAGUUAUGUAAACCAUAAUGCAAUCUCUGGGAGACAAGUCACCGCACCAAUGGAUACACGACCCCUUAAAAAGCGUACUAAUCGGUAUAUACAUAAUAUGGAGGAUAGCAAUGGGACAUUAGGUGAACAGCAAAUCUCACGAGACCAAUCGAAAUCUCAUUCCAAUGCAGGGAAAUACAUUUCUAUUCAAAUUGACGAUUGUCUAUCACAGUUAAGAAAACCCAUUGGCACUUCGUAAUCAGCUAAGUUUGUUCUAUAUGGUUGAUAUGCGUUUUGAUGUUUGCAUUCAAAUGGUAAAAUUGGACUAUUUUGAAAGACUAUUGUUAAACUGGGGAUCAUAACAAGAUCUUUUUUAUAAAGUUUUCUAUUGAAAUUGA